AUGCGGUCGACAAACAAAGAGCCCCAAUGGGCAACCGUCUAUGACGACCUGUUCAGCCAAUGCGUCGACAUCGACAUCGACGACUUCAAAUUCGGCACCAGCAGCUCAGACGAAGCAAGCAACAAUGAAAUCCACGAAGAACAGUUUACAGACAGUGGCGACAGCAGUUCCUCCGAAGCAGCAGCCAGACGCCUUUCAGAUGAUUUCUGGGCCAGAACACUUGCCGUGCUGGAAGAAAGCGCUUCAUCCUUGGAACAACAGCAAGACGGUACACAACAAAGAGAACAGCAACACAGGCUUUCGCCCGCCGCUUCUUUCUACAAUACAAAGAAUACUCCACAUGCGGAUUUUCUCAGCCUUGGUGGGUUCCCAAGUCCGCACAUCUCGACUGUUCCAUCAUCGCCUCCAGUGAACGCAGCGGCCAGGCGCCGGAAAUCAAUCAAAUACCAACAAGAACGCUGUGCAAAGACGCCUGAAAGACCUGUUGGCGUUACCAAAUCCUAUCGCUCGGCCAGCAAGUCGCCAAAGAUGAUGUCGCCAUCGCGUUACAGGGCAGGUGCCCAAGACGCUUGGAUCGAAAGCAUCUACCAAACCCCCAGCAGAAUGACCAGCAUGAACUUGCCUGUCAGAAGCAUGCUUUUGACUCCUCCCUCCAGUGGAAGAAACAAGCCUGCAGUUGGACUCGGUUUCCAAAGCUUCAAUGACCUGGACGUUGCACCUUUCCAGCCCUUCGCCAACUAUGAUGAGCCAAAUUCUCCCUUCACAAACACCUUCAACGCACGGAGUAUGCCUAGACAACUCUACAGCCCCGAAGCCUCACCCCUCACCAGCCCCAGCGUUGAACGCGGAGCCCUCUUCAUCAACGAACCUACCGUCUUCCGCGAUAUCUACUACGAAGCACCUUCCACCGCAGAAGCCUACAAUAAAUCGGCCUGGAGUGCAAACUCUUUCGGUGCCGAGGACAUCUACGAGCCCUCUCCCACAUUCAGUCCUUGGAUGGCGAGUGAAAAGAAAGAGGCAGAAUACCAAGCCUCAUUGACCAACUUCCAAGUCCAUGGCAGUUUGUUGCCAGUAUACAAUGAUCCAACAUUGGCACCUUCAUUUGCAGAAGAGCCAUUGGUGGUANNGAGGCCGCACCUUACUACACCACAGCCGCAUACACCACCACCGUCUNNCAAGAAGAGAAUCACGCACACCUUCCCCACCACGCUCACGCAUCACAAAGCGCAACUCCUCCUCCAAACCCCACAGCCGCAAAUCAAGCAGNNCGAGUUCAAAUCCUCCAACCGCACAAGCAAAUCUGGUGGAUUUGUAAACUACACGCCUUCGGACAGUGAAAAACUGCUCACGGGUGUUGCGCCUUCAGGAAGCAGCAAAACCAAAGCCAGACGUGAGAGAGAAGCCGCAGAACGCUGGAGAAGAUUCAGUCAAGCAGCUGCAAAGGCCGUCGCUGAAGCCGGUGGCGAUAUUGUACCAGUGGCAAAUAUGUUGCCCGUAGCCACAGAUUGCACAGAACUCUCGGUAGAAGAAUCUUGGUGA